AUGUCUGGUCAACAACAAGAGUGCAAGAAGGCAUCACCUGUGCCAAUACCAUCACCUAAUGAUCAGCAUCAACAUCCUACAAGAAAUACAUCUACAACCAAUCAAUUAGCAUCUUCAUCAUCAUCUGAUUUAUUAGUAGAAGAAUCAGCUAUUGCAGAAACUUCUUCUUCUGCAAGUCUGUCACUAUCAAAACCAGCGAGUUCAGUACAAAGUCAAAUAAACUUACCAGUAUCUCCAUUAUCAUUAUCUUUAUCAGAUACAAGUGCUGCUAUUGCUGCUGCCGCUGCUGCUGGGAAUGCUAAUAAUGCAACAGCUACCCUUCAAAAACUUCGUACUAAAUCAAAAUUAUCAUCUCCAGCUACUGAAAAAGCUAUUGCAUCUAUUGCUCCAAUGUUAGAAUCAUUUACUCCAAAAACUUCUGCUGAAGAUUCUGCUUCAAGAUUAGGUUCAACCUCAUCUUCUCCAGGUCAUUAUACGGAGCAGCCUACGCACAGUGCUGCCCCCCCUGGCAGUGGUCACAAUAAAAGUGAUGAUUCAAUCGCUGAAUUAACUAUGGAAAACCUCACAUUCCAACAACAAGCUUCAUCAUCCAACAAGUCUCAUUCAAAUUCAUUUUCAGAACAAGGUAUGGGUGGUAUUACUAUUCCCAGCAAUAGAAUUACAAAAACAAUUUCAAAUACUUCAAUUUCUUCAUCUACUAGGAAAUCAUUCUCAAUUAAUGCCAAAGAUUUUGAAUUACCUAAAUUACCAAAAAUUGGUAAAAUUGGGGUAUGUGCAAUGGAUGCAAAAGUUUUAUCAAAACCUUGCAGACAAAUCUUAAAUCGAUUAAUUGAAAAUGGAGAAUUUGAAACGAUUAUAUUUGGUGAUAAAGUAAUCCUUGAUGAAUCUAUUGAAAAUUGGCCAACUUGUGAUUUUUUAAUUAGUUUCUUCUCAACUGGGUUCCCAUUGGAUAAAGCGAUCUCAUAUGUUCAAUAUCGAAAACCUUAUAUUAUUAAUGAUUUGGUAUUUCAAAAAGCUUUAUGGGAUAGAAGAGUUGUAUUGGCCCUUUUAAAUCAUGCAAAUGUCCCCACGCCGGAUCGAUUAGAAAUUAGUAGAGAUGGUGGUCCUCAUUUAGAUAAAUUUUUAGUGGAGAAUUUACAAAGUGUUGGAAUGUCCCAAGAAACUAUAAAUCAAUUAACUAAUCAAAUAGAACCAGAUUGGGAAAUGAUUGAUGAAGAUACUCUUAGAGUUGGGGAUAAGGUCAUGACUAAGCCAUUUGUGGAAAAACCGGUUGAUGGUGAAGAUCAUAAUGUUUAUAUAUAUUACCCUAAAGCCAAUGGUGGUGGUGGAAGACGGUUAUUUAGAAAGAUUGGAAAUAAAUCAAGUGAAUUUGAUCCAAAUUUAUCCACACCAAGAAUUGACGGAUCUUUUAUAUAUGAGAAAUUUAUGGAUACCGAUAAUUUCGAAGAUGUUAAAGCAUAUACUGUUGGACCUGAUUUUUGUCAUGCUGAAACUAGGAAAUCACCGGUGGUUGAUGGGAUUGUAAGAAGAAAUACUCACGGUAAGGAAAUUAGAUAUAUAACUGAAUUAUCCCCUGAAGAGAAGCUUAUGGCCAAGAAUAUAAGUUCAACUUUCAAACAAACAAUUUGUGGAUUUGAUUUAUUAAGAGUUAAUGGAAAAUCUUAUGUGAUUGAUGUCAAUGGAUUUUCAUUCGUGAAAGACAAUAAUCAAUAUUAUGAUUCUUGUAGCCGGAUAUUACGGGAAUUAUUUAUUCAAGCUAAGAAAUGUCGUGAUUUAAUCAAAACUACAAUUCCACCAUCGACUAAACAUUUACAUAAAUCUCAAUUUGAAGAAAAACAACAAAAAUGGGUAUUUAAAGGUAUGGUUAGUGUUAUUCGUCAUGCUGAUCGUACUCCAAAGCAGAAAUUUAAAUAUUCAUUUAGAAAUCCUUUGUUUAUAUCAUUAUUAAAAGGACAUCGUGAAGAAGUCAUAAUUAGAGCCGUGCCUGAUUUACAAGUUGUUUUAGAAACUGUCAAAAUCGCGCAAGAGAAACAAUUAGAAGAUCUUAAGAAAUUAAAUCAAUUAAGAAUCGCCUUGGAACGGAAAAUGAACUUCCCAGGAACAAAAAUCCAAAUAAAACCAAGUUUAAACCCCAACGAUCCAGAAAUUGUGGAUAAAGUCCAAUUAAUUCUUAAAUGGGGUGGAGAACCUACUCAUUCCGCCACCCAUCAAGCUUCAGAUGUUGGUGAACAAUUAAGACAAAAUAUCAAACUCUUAAACCGAGAAGCAUUAAUGGAUAUAAAAGUCUAUACCUCGUCUGAACGUCGUGUCAUCACGAGUGCACAAUAUUCAACUAAGGCAUUAUUGGGAUUGGAUAAAGAUGAAGAAUUACCUGAUGAUUUCUUAAUUGUACGAAAAGAUUUAUUAGAUGAUUCGAAUGCUGCCAAAGAUUUGAUGGAUAAGGUUAAGAAGAAAUUAAAACCUUUGUUGAGACAGGGAGCAGAAGCUCCACCACAAUUCACAUGGCCACCCAAGAUGCCACAACCAUUUGAAGUUAUUAAACGAGUAUGUGAAUUAAUGAAUUUUCAUCAUCAGAUUAUGAAUUAUAAUUUUGAAACUAAAGAUGUGGCCACAUUCCAGAAGAAUUGGUGUUGUGGUGAGAAUCCAUUUUUGUUUAAAGAAAGAUGGGAUAAAUUAUUUCAAGAAUUUAUUAGUGUUGAAAAGACUCAUCCUUCCAAGAUUUCGGAAUUGUAUGAUACUAUGAAAUAUGAUGCUUUACAUAAUCGACCAUUCUUGAGGAAGAUUUUCUGUUUUGAUCCAAAUGAUGAAGUUUUAUUGAAGAGAUUGAGAGAAGUUUGUGGAGAUACUGUGAAUUCAUCAGGUUUGGUGAGUGAAUAUCCUAUUAAUAUAUUAGCCAUGAAUAAUUUUAAGAUCUCCCUGGAACUGACAACAUCACCUGCUCCAACAUCUGGAUCAACAGCAACCAACACCACCACCUCUACCAAUAGUCUUUCUCCAUCCAGUCUCAGAGAUAUUGCUAAUAGCAACAACGCCUCAGCCGGUUCAUUAGGUUGGGUCUUGCGUGAAUCCACCACCUCAACUAUCACCAAAAGCGGGUCUCCAUCCAACAAACCCCCACAAAACCCAUUCGAUCACCCCACAUACGCCCGUCUUCGAGAAUUGUACCGUCUUUCGAAAGUUCUUUUCGACUUCAUUUGUCCACAAGAAUACGGAAUCAAAUCAGAAGAAAAAUUGGAUAUUGGGCUUUUGACCUCCUUACCAUUGGCAAAACAGAUCUUAUCCGAUAUUCAAGAUAUGAAAAAUCAUGAUACUGCCGCCGUGGUGAAUUAUUUUACCAAAGAAUCACAUAUUUAUACAUUAUUAAAUGUUAUCUAUGGUGCCAAUCUCCCCAUGAAGAUUGCUAGAAAUGCCUUGCCUGAAUUAGAUUAUCUUUCCCAAAUCGUGUUUGAACUUUAUGAAGAAGCCAAUGAGACAAGUGGCGGGACGAAGAAGCAUUCGAUUAGGUUGUCGUUGUCUCCGGGUUGUCAUACUCAGGAUCCAUUGGAUGUUCAAUUGGAUGAUGAUCAUUAUAUUGGAUGUAUUCCGAGGUUGAGUUUGACUAGACAUUUGGAUAUGGAUUUGGUGACUCAGAGAUUGAAGAGUAGGUUUUCGAGAGUUAGUUUGCCAAAGAAGUUUACUCCGGUUAAUAUUUCAAGUCCUUUGACAACUGGAUUGUAG